CCGCAGCUGCGAGCGUGACUACAUUUGGAGCGACAGUCCGGUGGUGAAGGGCCAGUGGGGAGGGACCGCCGGUGUGAGGAAGGGCAGCGGCAACACUCAUGCCCACUCCACACAGCGUGCAGUGCAUGAGCAAUAUGUCUCACCCACCAAGGAACAGAUUGUUCUGCAUCCUCUGAUCGGUGGACUCUCAGCAAAGAAGGUCUUUCAGUCCGAUGGAAUCUGAAUCUACAGGAAGAAAGUUUUGCUCCCGUGUUUACCUUAGCUGAAAAGUGGAGAGAGAACCACCCAUUAGCUUUCUGUUCCUGAAUGCUUUGCAAUUCUUCGAGGAGCAGAGAGUCGACUGAAUCCUUCUGAGGGACAUGGACGCCAUGGAGAACCCAGUCCUGGAGCCCCGAUCAGAGCGGAUUGCUCGCUAUAAAGCCGAGAGGAGGCGAGAACUGGCCGAACGCUUUGGCAACAUGGAGGAGCUCCCCUCCAAGUGGGUGAGGAGGGAUGGGAAAGAGGUGCACGACCCAGCGACCCAAGCCCACAGAGGGACUUUGAACUCAGAUGGCCUCAGUGAAAGACUUAACGGCAGGACGCGAGGAGUUACCAAUGGAUUAGAGGAUCCUGCAGAGUCCAACCACUUGAGAAGGCAGGGUUCCCUGGACUCUGCCAGCAUGCUGAGUGGGGAGGGGCACCUCGUCCCUCUUGGACACGAUGCCCCGCAGCUCCACACUCGGGUGUCAGUGGGCCAGUUGAGAAGUGCCCUCCUGCAGCAGACGGGGAGCGGAGCGCAGCCUGAUAAAGUUUGCCCUGAUGCUGGGCGAGCCGUGUCCUCUUUGGAUCUGGCUGUGAAGCCGGGCUCUGAAGGGGGGCGGCGACGCACCCGGCGUUACCUCCCUGGGGAGUCAGGUGGUGGUCGCAAGACCAGUGAACGCUUCAGGACACAGCCGAUUACAGCCAAUGAGAUGGAGGACAGCAGCGGGCUGUUGGACGCAGAGGAAGAGGAGAACUGUAAAGCUGAUGUGAAAACAGACGACAGAGCCAAAAUGAGUGUGGCGGCCAAGAUGUCUUUGUUUAAAGAGCUGGAGAAGUCUGCCACCCCCGAGGCCUCAGCCUUCCUGAAGCCUCGCUCAGGCAGCGUCUGUCAUGAGCGCAGGGUGCGCCGAGGCAACGACCACCGCUUUCUGACCCAGCCUAUCACCUGUGAGGAAAUUGGGGCAAUCAGCGUUCCAAAACCAGCACCACCAGUGGAGUCAGAGUCUUUGCAGGUGGAGUCAGCAGAGGAUGGCGAUGAGAGCUGCAAGCUGAGCAUGAGUGAGAAGCUGGCCCUGUUCAACAAACUGUCCCUGCCAGGGAAGCAGGAGAGCGGCCCCGCUGAUGGGCCCCCAGAGAGACGACGGCAGAAGGGGGCUCGGUACCGCACACAGCCCAUCACUGUGGAGGAGGUCAGCCUGCUCCAGAAAGGCCCCAUACAGCUUCCUGCCUUCUCUUUGUCCCCUCAUCUGUCAGACAGACAGCAGGCCUCGUCUGUCAACCUAAAACCCAGUGAGAUACGCCUUUCCCAGCCAAGAUCUGAUGCUGGUCCUGUACGUGGGGAGCCUAGUGGCCCCACCCAGCAGGGCUCGGACUCUGAGCCAGUCUUGAAAGGGAUCCUGAAAAAGAGCUGCUUCGGAGGCUCAGAGUGGAGCCGGACAGAGGGUAGUCAGAUGGAUGCACCGUCCAGCCAUGAACAGAAUGGUGGAGGCUGUGAAGAAGCAGGGAUGCAAGGGAGGAUGAGGAGCACAGAGCAGCAGGAAAUACGUGCACCACCACGGAGACAGAGGCGCGAGGCUUCAGGUGUGGAGGGAGGCUCGCUGGCUGCAGCUCCCUGGAGGCAGAGGGCACGAGCCAGGAGGGAAACCAUUGCCUGCACACCAAUAAGAGCCUUGCCGGAGCAGGAUGCUCCUCAGGAGGAGAGGCCUUGCCAGACUGUGCUGCAGGAACAGCUGGUUUCCUCUUUGGAAAACAGCUCAGAUACUACAGGGAGAGUUCAGCAACAGAAUGAGGAAGAGAGUGUGAGGACGAUGAAUGAAGAAACCACAGCCACAGGACAUGUUCAGGUCACACUGGUAGAUGGCACCAUUAAACCACAGGAAGCAACUGACACCAGCAGAAGUAAGGAAGAGACUGAAAACCUUCAUGGGGAGAGUGUCAACCCUCAGCGCUGGGAGCCCGUCUUUGCCUCUGUCUAUUCUAGCAGUACAGCCCAAUAUAUCAUGUGUUUCAAUCAGACAAAUCUGUCCUUUGAGGCCCAAGAGGUCUCCUCUCCUACCAAUAACCAGGUUCAGCCUCAGUGGAGACAGAAGGCUAAGGGAGUUGAGGAUGAGGUGAAUGAAGUUGAGGAAAUGAAUGCAGAGCAGGAAAGGAAAGAUCAAGAGGCUGGACAUGUGGCCAAGAGAGAUCUUGGAUCUCCAGAAUCAGACAGGAAUGACACCAUACAUAACAGAGGGCACUCCACUGAAGCUACAACAUGCACAUAUGAAGAAACCUCCAUUCAGUCCGUGUUGGAGUUUGAAGCCACACAGAGCUCUGCGCUCUCAGUGGCUCCACAUGAGGCGAAGGAGGAGACGCCUGUGGAUGAAUCAAACACGUUUGACGGAGGUUUCUACAGAGAGCCGUCACCCCCCUCCGCCUGUGCCCUUCCGCCCUGUGGAGACGUCACUGCGGCAGAGAGUGAGCAGGACCUGGGUGUCCUCUGCCAGACCAACACACCCAUACUGACCUCAGCAGUAGCAGAGCAUAGGCGGUCGGUGCGCCCGUCCCGUCGGACUCAGGGCUCCAGAAACCCUCUAAGGGCUCUGGCUGCGCGGGACGACAUCAGGCAGGACUUAAUGGGAGAGAGAGCCAACACAGCUGCUGAGGAGAGCACCCAGGCUGGGAAGAAGUCCAAGAACUCACAUUCACAUCUUUCCGGAUCAGAGGACAUCACCUCCUCCUCAGACAUUACCAAGUCUAAUCCUCCUUUCAGCAGCCUGAUGCUCAUUCACAUCAAAGGUAGGCGGCAUGUCCAGGUGCGUCUGGUGGAGCCCUCAGUGCGGUUGCUGAAUAGUGGAGACUGCUUCCUGCUGGUCACACCGGAGCAUUGCAUCCUGUGGAGUGGAGAGUUUGCCAAUGAGCAGGAGAAAGCCAAGGCCUCUGAGCUGGCAUCAUCCAUCCAGAGUCAGAGGGAUCUCGGCUGUCAGGCCUCCCAGGUAGUUCACCUGGAGGAGGGGCUGAACUGUGACAGCAGCCUGGCUGCAGACUUCUGGAGCCUUCUAGGAGGACGGACACAAUACAGAGGAGCCAGUGCAGAAGAGGAGGAUGAGCUCUAUGAGCGUGGUGUGGUGGAGUCCAACUGUGUGUACAGGCUGGUGGAGAACAGACUGGUGCCUCAUGAACAGGCCUGGGCUUCCAUCCCCAGUAUCUCCCUACUGGGCUCCUCUGAGGCCCUGGUGUUCGAUUUCGGCAGUGAGGUGUACCUGUGGCAUGGACAGGAUGUUUCCCUCAGCAGGAGGAAUAUUGCUCUCCAGCUGACUCACCAAGUGUGGGUCGGAGCUUAUGACUACAGCAACUGUCGAGUCAAUCCACUGGAUCCCACGCAGUGUAACCCCAACUCACAGAGUAGGGGAGAGGGGCGUCCCAGCUGGGCGUUGUUCGGUUGUGUCUCAGAGCACAGUGAGACGGCUCUGUUCAGGGAGAAGUUCCUUGACUGGACGGGCGGGACUGGAGGUGUGGAGGAAGCUGCUUCAGUGAGCAAAGAGACACAGCCUAUUCCAGUUCAGUCUUCCCAGACCCCAUUACCAGACAGCCUGAGCACCUGUGACGCCAAGGCUCUAGUGUCGGGUCAGUUACUGGAAGGGGACGGCCUGGUCCAUAAUGUGUUGGCUGGGGUUGACGUCCAGAGGGGGCACGGGGUCAUUACACUGGAGGAGGGACGUCAGAUGGAGCUGAAGACAGUUGCUGUGGACACGUGGCACGUCCAGGAGUUUGAUGACAGUGAAAUUCCUGUGGAGAGCACCGGGCAGCUUCAUGAGGGAGACUCAUACGUCAUCCGCUGGACGUACAGCAUCAACACUGUUGAUAAGCUAAACAGCCCUGAUGAGUGUACCAGAGGUGAUGGACAAAACACUGCCUUCUUCCUGUGGCGGGGCUGUCACUCCAGUGUCAGUGGACGGGACACUGCUGCUUUCCUGUCCAUUGGGAUGAACAAUCAUGAAGAGUCACAGGUGGUGGUACCUCAGGGACAAGAACCUCCUUGUUUCCUGCAGCUUUUCCAGGGAGGCCUGGUUAUUCACAAGGGCAAACGAGAGGAGGUCUCCACUAAUGCAGCAGAGUGGCGUUUGUUCUGCGUGCGAGGAGAGCUCCCAGAGGAAGGCUCCCUGUUGGAGGUGGAUUGCUGCUGUGCAGGUCUGAGGUCCAGGGGCUGUGUUGUGCUGCUCAACAGCCAGCAGGGGGUACUGUAUCUCUGGACUGGCUGUAAAGCUCAGAGCAGCUCUAGAGAGGUCAGCAAGAGGGCAGUGGAUCAUCUCACCCAAAUGUGUCCACCAGAGCUGGGUCUCUGUAAAAGCAGCCCUGUGAAGGUGCAGGUAGUGGAAGAAGGUUCAGAGCCUGCAGACUUCUGGACAGCACUGGGACAAAUGGACAGGAAGGCCUAUGACUGCAUGCUGCAAGAUCCAGGAAAGUAUAACUUCACACCUCGCCUCUUCCACCUGAGUGCCUCCUCUGGGAGUUUCCAGGCCAAAGAGCUGCAGAGUCCAACACGACUGCCGGGGCUCGUGAUGGCAAUGCCCUUCGUCCAGGAGAGUCUGUACUCUGUACCACAGCCUGCCUUGUUCCUGCUUGACAACCGUCUGGAGGUCUACCUGUGGCAGAGGGGUCAGCCCGAGCAGACUGAGAGCACGGCUUCAGCCUGGAGCUGCUGGCACGACGAGAGGAGGUGUGCCAUGCAGACUGCACUGCAGUACUGCAAAGAGAUGAACCCAAGACGCCCACCGCAGGCCUACCUCAUAUUUGAGGGGUUGGAACCUCUCACCUUCACAAACAUGUUCCCCCGCUGGGAGAGGAGCCUGGGACCCCACACACAGGGCGAGACAGGGCAAGUGAAGCUGACCUUGGUGCAGGACGCCCUGGCCCAGCUCAUGAAGACCCAGUACCCUCUGGAGGAGCUGCUGCGGAGCCCCUUACCUGACGGAGUGGACCCCCAGCGCCUGGAAGUCUACCUGUCUGAUCAAGACUUCCAGACUAUUUUGGAAAUGAAGAGAGAUGAAUACGCUUCCCUCCCAGACUGGAAGCAAAUUGAACUGAAGAAAAGCAAAGGGCUGCUUUGCUAGACAGCGAAAACAAAUGGAGGCUGACUGACGCUCCUGCAGCAGGGACUUCCUCCUCCAGUGAGACGGGAAGAUGGCAGGGGGGUAUUAGCACCGUGGUGCGACACAAAGGACAGCUCACAACGUGAUAAAAACAGGAAAGAAUUUCACUUUUAUUUAUGUCGAAUUAGUAUGAGUGUGUGGACUUUUUAUCAGACAUGGGUUUCUCCGUAGCUAUUGUUCAGAGCAAAAAACAAAACACAUUUUCCUAUGAAACUCCAUCUGUACAAAUCAAUGAAAGAUAAAAGGAAAAGGUGUGUGGGAGUGAGGGAAGACGUCAGUAACAGACUGUGGGAUAAGGAGGAGAAAACAAAGGAGUGCUUACAAAAAAAGAUAAAUGCUAAUAAACAAUGUAAACAAGAAAAAAAUAAAAGGCUAACCACUUUCUAAA